UUAAAUUAAGACAUUCAUUCAGAAAUGCUAAAUAAGCAUUAUAUUUGGCGCGCAGUUGUUAGAUCUAGUAUGAAUAUGGGGAACUAUCAAUACAUACCGUUAGUUAUUGCUACAGAUAUUUAAAAAGCGGAGUUAGCUGCUGUUCCACAGAUGGCUAUCACUCCGCUAUGUUGUGUUUUAAAGAGCCAUGGUGGUGGAGCAGAGAAGCUGGGUGCUGACGGGAGCCACGGUCGCAAUUGUCGCGGCUAUUUAUCUGCAGUGCACGCAGAAGGCUCUCCCCGGCGGAGACUCUGGAGAGCUGAUCACCGCUGCUUGUGAGCUGGGGGUGGCUCAUCCUCCAGGAUACCCAGUCUUCACUCUCCUGGCUUGGCUGUCUCUGACCUUGAUGCCGACCCUCUCCCUGUCCGUUUCUCCUGCCCACAGUAUCAACCUGCUGAGCAGCCUGCUGGGGGCUGGGGCCAGCGGGGGCCUCUGCUUCACUGUCUGCAGACUGGCUGGACCAGGUCCGGGUGCGGUUCUGGCUGGCUGGGGCUUUGCUGUGUCCAGGCUCUGCUGGCAGUGGUCUGUGGUGGCCGAGGUCUUCUCCCUCAACAACCUCUUCAUCGGGCUCAUCUUCUCCCUGACUGCCAGCUUCCACUGUGCUGGCAGUGCCACCCAGAGGAGCAAGAUUGCCCAUUUGGGGGCGCUGUGCUGUGGCCUGGGUCUAUGUAACCAACACACUCUGGUGUUGUAUGUGGUGGUCAUCAUUCCCUGGGUCCUGCUCUGCCUCUACUCUCACCGAGAACUGUCUGUGUCUGGCCUGAUGUCUCUGGGACUGUGUUUCCUGGGCGGUCUCCUCCCCUACGUCUACCUGCCCAUCUCCUCCUACGUGAACUCAGCUCGCUGGAGCUGGGGUGACCAGACCUCCUCCUCAGGCCUCCUCACUCACCUCCUGAGGACUGAAUAUGGAACCUUCAGCCUGGCCAAGACGGAUGGCACCGUGAAGUUCAGCAUGAUGCUCCAAGCUCAACUGGACCACUGUAUGGCUGAUCUGUCCAUCCCUGUGCUGGUCCUGGCUGGACUGGGCUUGGUCCUCUCCUCCUGGGAUCGGAGGCGCUGCGUCGUGCCCUGGCUCCUCACCGCCAUGCUGCUGCUCUACUCACUUUUCUUCGCAUGGAGAGCCAACCUGGACAUCAGCAGGCCCCUGCUGCUGGGUGUGGUGGAGCGGUUCUGGCUUCAGAGUGAUGCGGUGGUGUUUGUGCUGGCUGGACUGGGCCUAAGUUGGACACACAGCGGCCUGGUCACACGGCUGGGCCGCGAGGGGCUGUGGAGUGCCGGGGGGUGGCUCUUCACCGUAGGAAUCCUGGCUCACAUGGUGCACUCCAACUACCGGGAGUGCGAUCAGAGCAGUAACACUGUGGUGGAGAGGUUUGGCAGGGAGCUCCUCGCCUCCGUACCCCCAGGCGCUAUCGUCCUCACCCGCGGAGAUCUUCCUGGUAACUCCCUGCGCUACCUCCACUACUGCCAGGGGUUGCGGCCUGACGUUAGCCUCGUUGACCAGGAGAUGAUGACGUACAGCUGGUAUGUGGCCAAGCUGGGUCAGCACCACCGUGGUGUUCACUUCCCCGGGCGCUGGUGGGACCCGGUCCAAACUGAGAAGGAGGACACCUUCAGUCUGGAGCAGUUCCUCUCUUACAACACGCAGAGGCCCCUGCUGGCAUGCAUCGGGCUUCCUGAUGGGGACCCCAGCUGGGAGAGGAGCUUUUCCCGCUGGCCCCUGGGCGUGUGUGACCUCCUGGUGCCUGCCAAGGAGCAUUUCCACCCAGAGGAGUGGGCUCGCCGCACCCACAACAUCUACAACUGGACUGAGCCACACAACAGUUUUCCCCCAGGGUCCUGGGAGAGGGUGGCUAACGAGGAGAUGUGGCAAGCCAGAAUGAAGACUGCUUUCUUUCUGUUUGACCUGGCUGACAGGAUCCAGGGAGACGGGAAGGCUCGUCUGUUUGAGCUCUCCUACACUCUGUAUAAGGAGAUUGUGGAGACAUACCCAGACUACCCACCUAACUGGGAUAAGAACCUGGCCCUGGCCAGCGAGAGGCUACUGCGUUCAGGGUCGCUGGGCCACAGCCCAGACAGCCUGCUGACCUGCAGCAUCCAGCAUUUCAGCCUGUACCUGGACAAAGAGCCUACCGACCCCCAGGCUGCCGCCAUUCGCACAGCCAUCUCCCACCUGCUUCAGGAGAGGACCAGGCUCCGGCAUAGUCACACCCCUUGAGGGGGCUGAGCCAGGUGGGAGUGGGUGUGUCCUGGUACACUAAUACACCUUACCUUCUGGCUAAACGGUUGAACCUGCUUAGAAAGGUGGAGAGAGGACUGGGCUCUUUGGAGAUGUUUGGUUUCCUGCGUUCACAAUGAAUGUGUGUAUUAAGACAGGGGUCACUGUGCAAGGAAGUAGGACGUGAAACAUGCUCCUUUUCGGAGCCUUGGGAAACACACAGGAGCUGUUAUAAAAGUGGAGUUGGGGCCGGGGUACUCUUGAUGGAGUGGGGUUGUCUCGAGCAACAGAACCGUGGCUGAACUUGUUUUCCACUGGGGAUGUUUGUUGCCUGGACUGGACAUAAUCAAACUGUUUAUGACAUAUACACAUUCAGUCUUUUAAAUAUCUAUUUGGUUUACCCUCUGUCAUUUCUCUGUGAGUCCCUCUGUCAUUUCUCUGUCUCCUUCUGUCCCUCUGUCAUUUUUCUGUCUCCUUGUGUCCUUCUGUCAUGUCUUUUAACAUUGUGAUUAUGUGUCCCUGGUCUCCUGCUGCUUCAGAUCUCUUCCCACAUUAGGACGGUCAGAGCUGAGAUUGAGGGAAACCCAAUUUGGGCACAGAACCUGGAGGAUUAGAGCAGACUCCUAAUCUGGGUCAGGGUUGUGCCACGUCUGCUGUCCUGGACCGGGCUCUCUGCUCCAGGGUCUUAGCCUGGCCUAGUCUCCCAAUUUUCAACACCGCCCACCAGCUAUCCUUCCAUCUGAGAUGGUCCUUGAAAAACCAAUGGAUUCAAUGAUCUUUUUUACUCCUUUUCACGACAAAGCUAUAAUCCCUCAUGGAUUUAACUGAAAUAGGAAAUGUCACAAUGCCAGGAACCCUUUUAGAGGUGUGUGUGUGUGCUCUUCCUGUUAUACAGAAACAUGCAGAAAACCACACUGGCGGAAAGAAACAUACUGAAAUCACGCAGAGAAACGCCUUGAUACCAAAAGAUGGAGGGCUUUCAGGUCUAAAGAGACAUUCUGUCAUGCGAACACUGAGACUUAAGUAGAUGUGUAGAGACUCAAAUGCUAUGUAGAUAUAUAGAGACUCAAAUGAUUUGUAGAUACAUAAAAACUUAAAUGAUUUGUAGAUAUGUAGACACUCAAAUGAGGCUGUCUGAGAGACGGGAAUGUGGGCAUAUUGAAUCAGCACACUUGACAUCUUUACAGUCAUUAUAUUAUCUUUGAUAUAAAUUCCUUUAUAUUCCUUCACUCCUAAUUCUUCACAGAGACCUUGCAGCGAGCUAGCUGACUCAGGCAAUUUUUAUGUUUCAGUUUUGGUCAGGUUGUCUAGUCCAGUUGUUAUUGUUAAAGAGAAUGUGUUCUCAGGGACCCGUUUGAAUAAAGAUAAAAUAAAAGUGUUUGAUGAUUGA